AUGCGCUUAUUACGAAUACUUUUUCUAUUCUAUCAAUUAUUGCCGCAUUUUGUUGGCGCUGCCACUUGGACUUCGACUCAAUUCCCUGAUUUGCGCGGUUCAUCAGUGUCCCAAUGUGUUCGAGCGAUGCCACAUGGACAAUCACUUUAUAUUUGCGAUCCGGAUAACAUCCUGAACACAAGCCAAGCUCUUGCUUUGAAUCGACAGUUGCACGAGCUCUCACUGGGCACAAAAUGUCAGUGUCAACGGAAAUCACAAUGCAUAACAAAAAAUGGAUUAGAAGAAAGCUCUCACGGUUUUGUGGUGUCAAUCGCCGUUGUGAGCAACUUGCAAAUGACUAUUCAUUCGCCGAGUGAAGUACAACUCACAGAACGGGCUGAGAGCUUUACGAAAGCGCUUGAGGGUCGAUGGGCACUCGGCGAUUGCGGCAAUUCCGUCAUCAUCUUUGUUUGGGAACAUUAUAAAAAGAUGGUGAUCUGGCCGGCGCGAUUAGCUGAGAAAUAUGUGAGUGUUGAGGAGAGGAAGAAAAUGCUUUUAAAAGUCAAUCAUCUUGUACAAACGGAUAAAUGGCAUGAAGCACUCUCGACGGUGAUCGUGGACAUUGGACGUGAGCUGACUGGGGAACGCGAGCAGCGCACCGACACCGGCACAUUGGCCCUUGUCGCCUCAGUGGCUAUGGCUGUGGCCCUCACACUGAUCAUCACAUGCUGCGUGUGCGCUUUCCGAUGUUGCGGGAAUUUGAAAGGCGACGAGAGGCCGAGGGGAGUGCUCGCCGCCGCCCAUCGGGUGGACAGUGUCCGAGCACUCGUGAUGCGACGGGGAUCUCAAUUGAGGCGAUCUUUCUCGAAAAGUCCUAAAUUUCCACUCACGAGAAACGCGCCUAAUCGCUUUUUCGCUGAUACAACGAUAGUU